GCCAUCUUGUUGUUGAUCCGUACCUAGUGGGCAGCGCCGGGAGGUGGUCCGAGCGGCCGGUGUGGGGCCGCUGCUGCGGGGCUCAGCCACCUGCGCUGCCUGCCAGGGGGCGGGUCGAAACCUGGAGGCCCGGGGGGCCCAGCUCCCGUGGGGAGCCGUGGGCGCCCGCUGCCUGGGCCGGCCGGUGAGUGACAGAAGCCGGGCCGAAAGACCGGCCUGACGCCGCGGGGCGGGCGGCGGCGGGCGCGGGGUUGGAGCUGGCGCGCGCAGGGAAGGGGUAUCGGCUGAGCAUCGCUCGAUCGUCCUGACGGGCCGCCCGUGGAGCCUCCUAGAUGCUGCUGCCGAGGUCGGAGGACGGCCUCGGGGUGGAGGUCCGAGAGCCCCGCUCCCGAGGUGUAGCGGGAAACUAGUUACUGUGACUACAGCCCUGGGCUCCGCUGACCCGCAGCGCUGAAACGUGUCCAGUGCCAGCUUGAUGCUCUCCGGGGUCUUGUGUUGUUCCCAGGAGAGAAGAAUAAGCUGAACAGACUCUGACCGUUGGUUUUCAGCUCGCCAGGACCUUCUACCUAGCUCUCCUUUCGUGGCUCAUGUGCUGCAUCCUCUGCUCUCAGUGUGCAACUGGCCCCCAACGCAAUGUGUGUUUGUCAAACCAUGGAAGUGGGGCAGUAUGGCAAGAACGCAAGUCGGGCCGGAGACCGGGGAGUCCUCCUGGAGCCCUUCAUCCACCAGGUUGGCGGACACAGCAGUAUGAUGCGCUACGACGACCACACUGUGUGCAAGCCCCUCAUCUCCCGGGAGCAGCGCUUCUACGAGUCUCCUCCCGAAAUGAAGGAGUUCACCCCUGAGUACAAAGGAGUGGUGUCAGUCUGCUUUGAGGGGGACAGUGAUGGUUACAUCAACUUGGUGGCCUACCCUUAUGUGGAAAGUGAGACCGUGGAGCAGGAUGACACACCAGAGCGGGAGCAACCUCGGCGUAAGCACUCUCGCCGGAGCCUGCACCGGUCAGGCAGUGGCAGUGACCACAGGGAGGAGAAAGCCAGCCUGUCCCUUGAAACCUCAGAGAGCCCCCAGGAGGCAAAGACUCCGAAGGUGGAGCUGCACAGCCACUCGGACGUCCCUUUCCAGAUGCUGGAUGGCAACAGCGGUCUGAGUUCUGAGAAGAUCAGCCACAACCCUUGGAGCCUGCGCUGUCACAAACAGCAGCUGAGCCGCAUGCGCUCCGAGUCCAAGGACCGAAAGCUCUACAAGUUCCUCCUGCUUGAGAACGUGGUGCACCACUUCAAGUACCCCUGUGUGCUGGACCUGAAGAUGGGCACCCGGCAGCAUGGUGAUGAUGCAUCAGCUGAGAAGGCAGCCCGGCAGAUGAGGAAGUGCGAGCAAAGUACGUCGGCUACGCUGGGUGUCCGAGUCUGUGGCAUGCAGGUGUACCAGCUGGACACGGGGCAUUACCUCUGCAGGAACAAGUACUAUGGCCGUGGGCUCUCCAUCGAAGGCUUCCGCAAUGCCCUCUAUCAGUACCUGCACAAUGGCCUGGACCUGCGGCGUGACCUUUUUGAGCUCCUGAGCAAACUGCGGGGCCUGAAAGCUGUACUGGAGCGGCAGGCCUCCUACCGCUUCUACUCCAGUUCCCUGCUUGUCAUCUAUGAUGGCAAGGAGUGCCGGUCUGAGUCCUACCUGGACCGCCGGUCUGAAAUGCGUAUCAAGCACCUGGACACAGGGCUCCCUGAGGUGGCACCAUCCUGUGGCCCUAGCAAGCCCAGCAGCACCAGCCCCGAGGUGGGCCCCUCCUCUCCACCCAAGGUGGAUGUCCGCAUGAUCGACUUUGCACACAGCACAUUCAAGGGCUUCCGAGAUGACCCCACUGUGCAUGAUGGGCCUGACCGAGGCUAUGUGUUUGGCCUGGAGAACCUCAUCAGCAUCAUGGAACAGAUGCGGGACGAGAACCAGUAGGCCCAGCUCUGGGCUUCCAGAACCCCUUCCUCUCCACCCUCAGGCAGGGACCAUUGCUCUGAACUCGCCAUGAGGACACACAGACUUGCUUUUAAAAGGGUUAUAUUUCUCUUUGGUGUAAACUAAAAGAAAUGUUUUUAGCUGUAGCCUGGAAUCCAUAUAUAUAAAGUGAAGGAGGGCAGAACACAUCCUCUCAGCCAGGCUUCCUAGCUCUGUGGUUCUGACUGCUGUGUCCAGGCUGACUUAGGAAGGAGGAGAUGCCCCUGGUGGGCUUGGCAGCAGGGACAGGUUGCCCUUGGACAUUGGUUUCUCUUGCUUAGGUCUUUGGGGUCUGUGGCUGCAGGGUCCUGCUAGUUGUGGGGUGAAGCCCUGGGUUGGCUCAGGGCCCCUCCGUGCUCACUCAUCCCUUGUUCCUCAGUAGUAGAGGGUUGGGUGCCCAUCUCUUGGGGGACUUUGUAACUUGUGUUGUGAGUAUCACCCAGGUCUGUAACAGAUGUCCCCAGGGCACCACAGGGCCAACUGCAGACAGCUGGACCCUUCUCGGUUCUGACCUUGGCAUGAGGCUAGAUUCAUGAAGCUGUGCUGAAGCCAGCAAUGGCAGAGGGCAGGCCCUGGGAUCCCUAGGCCCUACUUGGCACUUGAACCUGCUCCUCCUCCUGCCUGCACAGCCAGCCAGCGUUUUCUCACCAAGAUCCCUUGCCUAAGGAGGCCAUCCCCUCUUGCCCCACUGGAGGGGGCCCUGCUCUGUUUGCUGAGGAGAGUCAAUGUUCCAGCAGGUCUCAGGGCCUCUGAUGGCUCUGACCCAGCUAGUAUUUGCAGUCCUUGUGCUGUGGGUAGGAGUCCUCUUCCUCUAGCUUGGGCAGCUGUGCUGCCUUGGAUGGGCUGCUCCUUCCAGGGCUCAAAGGCUGUGGUCCGCUCAGGGUCUCACCUCUCCCCAGGCCAAGCUCAAGGCAGCAGCCCACUGUGAGGAGCUCCAGGCUUGUGAGGGAGAACUUUAAGCUUGUUUGCUUAUAGGGACAUUGGGCGCUGGGUGCAGGAGCCCAGAUUCUGCUAAUGAGAGUUUUGUCUUAUCAGUACUGGGGUCCAUCAGUCUGUCCAUUUGUCCAUCUGCCAGCUCCUGUGAUCUUUCCCCUGGGUGUAGCCUUGUCAUUAGUAAAUAUUGAUUUUCUUCAUGCUUCCCUCAGCAAAAUAUUCUCUUUACCAUUUCUGAGGUGAGCUUUUGCCCCUGUGCCCUUCCUCAGCAGGUGCUACCUUUUUUAAAAGAACUGGUAGCAAAAUGAAUUGGAGGAGGUGUUUCUCUGCUGGCCCAACACCCUCUCUGUGAGCCUGGAGUGUGGCCCCGUCAACACUCAACACUGACAGUGGCACAGUGAAGGCCCAGGGGGUGACCCAUUCCUUGCUCAUAACUUUUGCUGCCAGCCCUUAAUGGCACAGAGACCUGCCAUCUCUAACACUUGUGGCCAGGUGAUACUGCACUCACCUAGCCAUUGCUGAGGUUAGUGCCCUCACCUCUGAGUCUAGGGCCACUGUCAUUGUCACUUUUGGCAUGUCCCUAUUUGGGCAUUAAUGAUAAGCCUGCCAGCCUGUGUCUCUGAGAGGCCUUGAUAACUGAUGGACUAAUUUCCUGGUCCUUAGAGAUGCAGCCUCACACAUCUUAAAUGGGCUCCUUGAUGGGAUCCCAUCUCUCUCGGCCCUCUGACCCUGGUGCCAUUGGUGGGCAGGUUCCCAUUCCUUGGGGCUAGGAGGGGCAGCUUGCCUGUUUCUGGUCAGUAAUGACCAUCUUCUGUACUAUUCUGUGGCUUCCCCCAUGGGGGCAGUGGCUCUUCAUUAGUGUGGAUAGUCAUUUCCUGGCAAGGCAGGGGCCAGAGCAAAGGGUCUGGGGCCACUUGGGACCCACUUGAUGGCACCUCUCCAGCCUGGGGAUGUGCUGUGCUUCCUGAGUUUGUAUAUUAUGGGAGAUGCUGCCCCCAUUCCGCUCUUCAUCGCGAGAGAGGCUGUACUGACUUAAAUUCAGUGUUUGCCUGGCACUAAAAGAGCAGGGCUGGGAUUUGCUGCUUCUCCCCCAGGGCAGGGUCCCUUCUUUUCAGCACUUUUGAACACUUGGGAGACACAGCCCUGUUAUCUGGUGGGUGGUGGGCAUGUGUGUCUGCACACGCUCUUUGCCACCAUUUCACCCUGUUCCAUGCUAGAGAGCCCUGUCCCUGCCAGGCCCUGCCUUCCCAGCCCCAACUUGGGACCAAAGUGCAAGAUGGGAUCACGGGUUGGGGCGUUCAAGCGACCCCGCUCUGUAGUGCUUCCCUGGGCGAAGUCGACACCAGCCCCCUAGCGGGUGGAUGGCGGUGCUUAAAGAGGAAGGGGACCAGUUUUGCAACUUGGCAGGGACCCCACGCCUCCCUCACAUCCGGGCCUGUACAGUGGGCGUGGGGAUUCUCCUUAAGGGGCCAAAGGCCUGGGCUAGUUCGUAGCCUCUGCUCACUUGCUCACAUCCCGCCACGUGCACCACUCCCCCCCCCCCCAGAUGCAGAUUGCUUGAACUUUAAAACUGUUCAAUUUGGUUUUGUUUGUGCCGAUUUAAAAUAUGUUUUAAUGGGGAAAAGUUUGGGGAGAACCGUGGGAAGGGCCUGGUUCCUUUGCUUCUCGAGGAACUGCAAGGCCUCGCCUGGAGGACCGCUCUCUACUCCACUUUCCUGGAAGCUGCCUAAGCCUGUCCACGCCGCCCGAGCCCUGCGCCCGGAUAUGACACGUGGCUCUGGUCGCGUCUGGGCGCGGUUGCGUUUUCUCGGGACCUUGCGUGCAGGGGAGGGGGGUGCUCUGGCCUUGGGCCGAGCCCGCCCCUUUCUGUACACCUAGCGCUGCCCGCCCCGCUUGUGUCUGAGGUCGUGUAUGUCAAAAUAAAGCCGCUAGAAACCGA